AUGGUACCUUACAAAACACUAUAUGGUCAUAGUUGUCGUACUCCAUCAUGUUGGACUGAGUUGGACGACCAUCAUGCUCUGGGUUCUGAGUUAGUAGCUGAUAUCAAGGAUAAGUUCAGAGUAAUUCAGGAUCAACUGAAGGCGGCAUUAGACAAACAGAAGUCAUAUACGGAUCUGAAGCAUAAAGAUAUUGAGUAUGCUAUGGGAGAUUUUGUCUUUUUGAAGGUCUCAUCAUGGAAGAAGUUACAGUUACGUCCAGAAUUAGAGAGAAUUCAUGAUGUGUUCCACAUCUCUAUGCUGAGACGCUACUGCUCUAAUCCUAUGCAUGUUGUGCCGGUUGAAGAGAUUGAAAUUAGAGCUGACCUAACUUUUGAGGAAGAACCAAUCCAGAUUUUGGAUCAAGAGGUAAAAGUCUUGAGAAGGAAGUCAAUCCCACUAGUAAAAGUUCUUUGGCGGAAUCAUAGUUCUGAGGUGGCUACGUGGGAACCCGAGGAGGCAAUACGGCAAUAA